UUACAAAACUUCUUGGUUAUAAAUUAAGUAUUUCACAGAGUCACUAAUAAGGAUGAAUGUUCUGGGAAACUUUAGUUUGUUAAGUUGAUAAUUAUGAGUUUGUUCUUCAUGUUUUUGUGUUGUGCUAACAGUCGGGGCUAACCGUUUAUCGAAACGCUCGUUUUAUACAUAACGUUACAUGCAAACAAACAAACAAACCUGUUUCACAAAGCAACAUCAACAUGGCUGGAGACGGUGAUCUGGAGAUUGAAGAGGCUUUCCGGCGAGCACAGAAAGCUCAUAAUAACAAGGCCAAACUUGUUGUCAGUUUGAAGAACAGAUAUAAUAAGUUGGAAGAUAAGACCGAGUUCCAUGAAGAAUUCAUCCGCUGCCUGAAGUAUGCCAUGAUUAUUUACACUCGUGAGCCAGCAGUGGAGAAUGUCAUUGAUUUUGUCACAAAGUUUGCUGCUAGUUUCGAACCUCCUGUUAAUGAGAAUGCUGAAGAGGAGGAGGAGGAGGAGGACGAGAAUGAGUUUUUGAACUUCUUGUUCAACUUCCUGUUAGAGUCUCAUGGUGCAAACAGCCACGCGGUGCGGUUUCGUGUUUGUCAGCUGGUGAAUAAGUUGCUGGGUAGUUUAAGUGAGAAUGCUCAGAUUGAUGAUGAUCUGUGCGAUAGGAUCCAUGAGGCCAUGCUGAUCAGAGUCACAGACAAAUACCCUAAUGUCAGGAUUCAGGCAGCACUGGCCAUGGCCAGACUCCAGGACCCCAGCAACUUGGACUGCCCCACUAUUAAAGCUUAUGUUCUGCUUUUGGAAAAUGACUCAAACCCUGAAGUUCGACGAGCUGUGCUGUCUUGCAUUGCUCCCUCAGCCGCUACACUUUCUAAAAUCUACAAGCGCACCCGGGAUGUCAAAGAGAAAGUCAGGAAGCUUGCUUAUCAGGUACUGGCAGAGAAAGUGCAUAUUCGAGCACUGAGCAUUGCUCAGAGAGUCAGUCUAUUGCAUGAAGGACUCAGUGACUCUGCAGACUCAGUAAAGGAGGUCGUCAAGACCCAUUUGCUGCCUGCUUGGCUCCGGUUGCUGCAGGGAGAUGUUUUGCAGUUGCUGCAUAGACUGGAUGUAGAAAACUCUGCAGAAACUGCAGUCACUACCUUACAUGCCAUCUUUUCCAUGGCAACAAGCCCCGAUGACCUCCUUCAGAAUGGUGUCAGGCUGGAUGAAAGGAAACUAAUCCCUGUGGACUCCCUAACAUGUGAAAAUGUGUUGUACUGGAGAGCGCUGUGUGAGUUUGUCAAGAGUAAAGGAAAUGAGGGUGAGGAAUUAUUGGAGCAGUUACUCCCUGAGGCAGCUAUCUUUGCUGAGUAUCUGUACAGUUAUCUAAGGAGCAUUACUGGGCUGACUGAGGAGCAGAAAGCUGAUAUGACACAGCUUGAGAUGGUGAUGACCCAAGAGUUCGUUGGACAACAGUUGAUUCUGCUUGUCGGAUGUCUGGACACUUCUGAAGAAGGCGGCAGGAAGCGCAUGGUAGCAGUGCUGCAGGAAAUUCUUGUGAUGCCCAACACGCCCACCUCUCUGAUUGGUCUGCUAGUGGAGAAACUGAUUGGCAUUCUGCGAGACGACACACAGAAAACUCAGAUGGUUGCUGAAAUAAUCUCUGAUGUGAGAGAGCCCAUUUUGCCCAUCUCUGAACCUGUGGAUGAGAAUGAGAAACGCAGAAAACAAGUCAGACUGGCAGAGGUGCGAGUGCAGAUAAUGGAGGCGAAGCAGACUCUUGAAGAAUGCAUCAGCUGUCAGGACUUCAGUCGUGCAGCUGAGCUGAAAGAUUCAAUCUCUCAGCUUGAGGAGCUCAAAAACCAGCUCAUCCUGGAAGCUUCACAGCCUGCUGACAAUAUCAAGGAACAGCGUGUGGAGAAGAGUGAUCCAGAGACCUUGUUGAAGUGUCUGACAAUGUGUGGCGAGUUGUUCAAGCAAAUGAACAUCAAGAGAGGAAUCUGCCCAACCAUGAAUGCUCUGAUAGAGUCACUGAUACUGCCAAGUGUGUCCAACCCUAACCCUGCUGUGCGCAACAUGGCUGUCAUCUGUUUGGGAACGGCUGCUCUCCACAGUAAAGACCUAGCCAACACACACCUUGUGCUGCUCUUGCAGAUCACGCAGCUAGAUGAGCCUAAAAUCAGGAUCAGUGCUCUCCGAGCUCUCAUUGACCAGCUCCUGCUCAAUGGCCUCAACAUUCUGCAAGACAAGUCUGCUCCUAUCUCACAAGCACCUGAUUCACCAGACAACAGUAAUGGACAACCUGAACAAGAAGCUGAGGAGGAGAGUACCGUCCAGAGCAUUCUGAAGAUGCUUUCAGAAUUCCUUGAUAGUGAGAUCUGUGAGCUCCGCACAGAGACAGCAGAGGGUCUGGCCAAGUUGAUGUACUGUGGGAGAAUUGCAAGUCCAAAGCUGCUGUCCCGUCUGGUGUUGCUGUGGUACAAUCCUGUAACAGAGGAUGACCAAAGACUACGACAUUGCCUGGGGGUAUUCUUACAGCUGUAUGCCCGGGCCAGCAGAACAAAUCAAGAGUGUGUGGAGGAGAGCUUUCUACCAACCAUGAGAACUCUGUUCAAUGCUCCUGUGACGUCUCCAUUGUCUGAGGUCGACACAUCCAACGUGGCUGAACUGUUUGUUGAACUAACACGACCCAGCUCUCUUGUGCAACCUGCUGCCGUACAGGCUCAGUCUGUUCAUGUCUCCUUGGCAGUGCGUGUUUGUAAUGAAAUCUUGAAGGACGUUUCUGCUCCUGAGGUGCGCCUGUAUUGUAAAACCCUCAGCUGGCUGGAGAUUAACACUGAACCUGACAACAGUGAAUUGCAACUCUUGUUAAAAGAUAUUUUACAGGAAGUAAAAGAUAAGUACUGUACAAGGGUUAUUGAGAAGCUUUGUAACCAGCUAAAUGGAGAUUGUUCUUCCAAAUCAGCCAGUAAUCAGGACACAACUUUGCUUACCUUGGAUGACAACACUGGAGAGGUGAACAAAGAGGAGAUUAAACCAAAACGUGCAAAAAGAGGCCAGAAAAAAGCUUCCACUGCAAAGAAUGGGAAGAAAGCCAGUAAAGCAGAGUUGUCCUCUGAUGAAAGUGAUGAAGAGAAUGUUCCUGAAGAGCCUCCAUCAGUGCGACCAAGUCGCCGUGCUAAGAUGGCUGCUAUGGAUAAAACAAAGCAAGAUCUGACUGCCCUUAUGAACCAGGAGGCCAAUGGUUCAUAGACUGGAUUAUCUUCGCCCCACUAUAUCCUACAGUUUCUUCAGAUUUACCUGAGAAACUAUAUACCGCUAAAUUUUAAUACAAAGAGACUAAUGUAACUGUUUAGCCUAUUUACAGUGUCAACCCAAGUUAAGGGCUUGAUUUGUCAAAAUUAAUUGAAUGUUUUUAAAAACGCACCAUCUGCAGUACUUCUCAAGAGGUUACCUUUAGGUCAUGUUGACAUUCAUUUACUUGCUCAAGGCUGUUUUAAAAAAAUGGGUGUGAGCUAGUGGGCCAAACUAUUCCAUUUUUAUAACUUGCUAUUUUAAGAAAACUAAUCCUAUAAACACUUGGUGUAUGUCAACAAUGGCUAAUAUUUGAAAGUAAAAAGCUUUUAUUUGUAUGCAUUUUUCACUCUGAAUAAAAAUGUUUAAACCUAUAACACAGUUACUCAAAAU